AUGACUGAUUGGAAUGUCAUUCUAGCGGACAUCCAACCCCGGAGUUCAUCUGGUACAAGGACGGCAUCGAAAUCGUUCCCUGAGAACGAGAACAUCGAGAUUAUAAGUGAAGGUCAUGUGGGCCUUCUCAUCAUUCACAGUGUGGACAGUAAUGAUUGCGGGUCGUACACUUGUGAAGUUGUGAAUCCCUUCGGAUCGACGAAAUCGACGGCUGCUGUCACGGUGACUGAUGUGCGAUGUCAUUUUGAGUCAUCUUUCUCUGAGAACGUUGAGGUCAAGGAGGGCCGCGAUAUUGAGUUUUGCUGCACGGUGUCCGAUGAGGAUGGCAAGGUUCUCUGGUACAAGGAUGGAAAACCGCUGAAAGAAGACGACCGCGUUAUCAUCACGAGUCAUGGUAGGCAGCGGACGUUGAAGAUAUUAUCUGCAAAAGAAACUGAUUAUGGGACAUAUGGCUGCGAAACGUCCGACGGAAGAAACAGAACCGAGGGAGAACUGGUAGUGAAAGCAGACGAACCCAACAUAAGCACUGGCCCUCAGGAUCUCACAGUCAGUAAACUGGGAACCGAUGCGAAGCUUCACUGCGAGUUCACAAGACCACCCCACAAAGUGUUGUGGUACAAGAAUGGGCAGGAAAUCUGGCCACAGUCGGACAAGUAUUCCAUCACCACCUCGGGAAAUACUUCAACUCUUGAAAUCCGUAAUAUCGAGAAGAACGACAUCGGGCAGUAUUCUGCUGCUUUGAGUGAGAAAAGAAGUUUCUGCCCCAGCCCAGCUCCAAGCUCGAAGUGGCCCCUGAAAUACAGAGAGACCUCCACAAACUCUACCAUACUCUCGUGGAACAACCCCGAGCAGGUCAAUGGCGCUCCAAUCACCGGCUUCAUAAUAGAGCGUAAGGCCGUUGACAGCAAUCGUUGGCGUCCCAUAGGCAAGACAAACGCCACCACACUACAAUUCGAAGCAACAGACUUGUUCAGCGGUCUAGUAUACGUUUUCCGCGUCAUCGCUGUCAAUUCUGUAGGAGAGGGGCCACCAAGCCAGUCAGUUGAUGUUCUCACCAAAGAGGAUGAGGAAUCGAACCUGGACUCGUCUGAGAGUUCUCUUCUUGAGACUCCCAGUCCUCCUGAAGCGGUUUUUGACGGAGCAAAGGUGAUGUUGUCGUGGAGCGCAGUUCCCGAUGCUAACGCCUACCAACUCGAGCGGCAGUGUGAUGCAGGGGACUGGCUUGAAAUCGCUAAAGUGGAGAGUACAAACUUUGCGGAUUCAUCUUUGCUGCAACAAGGGUCCUAUUGCUACAGGGUGAUUGCUAAAGGCUCAGCUGCCGAGUCCAUGCCUAGCGGCUCCAGCGCUGCUUUGGUGGUACAUGCGGAUGUUUCACAGGGGAAGGAUAAAGGAAAACAUGUUGGGAAGAAGGAAGCCGAAGGCGAAUCGGAUUCCCAAGGAGCUAGAAGUAUCAGAUGA